AUGAACGGAAUGCAAAACAACAUCUGGGGUCCUCCCUCCAACGCACCUCCCUCGGGCUGGGAUCUUCCCUCCUAUCCAACACCGGCACAUCCUGCGCGCGACCAGCCAUUCAAUCCACCUACAGGUUCAUCUCGCAGCAGCAGCAGCGGCGACCACCAACCCACAACUCCAACCCGUAGCACCAGCAGAAUCUCUCACACCUCCAAAUUCAGCACGCCUUCCCAGCAGCAGUCCAUCGUCCAACAAGACACCCAGCACUGCAGAUCACAUCAACAAGAUCUUCAAAAUCACACGCCAAACAACAGCCUUCAAGACCAGGAAGCCCACAACCUCUCACCCCUCCAUGCAAAUCUCCCCCCUCGCUCACCCAACAAAAUCAAACCCCAACAAACCCCCACAAAAACCCUCCGCAGAACCUUCGAAGCAGCACGCUCCUUCGAAGACGACGACCUCUACUUCCCCUUCCGCCCCACAGAGCAAACAACCACCACCACACAAGCAGAAACCGCAGAAGAAGAAGGAAAAAUCGCCCAAGCAGCUCAACUUUCCAACCUCAUCCAAAAAAUCGAAACAUCACAAAAAGUGGAAGCGGAGAAGAAAUUGCUUCAAGCUAGGAAAGAAGCCGAGAGAUUGCAGAUCCAACAGAGAGGUUUUUAUUAUAAUAAUUGGAUCACUACUCCUCCAGUGCAACAAAUUCGCGGAAAAGUCCCCCUCCUCACUACUACUACUACUAACACUACUACCCUGCCUGAGGAAAAGAGCUACAACAAGCAGAGUUUGAGAAAUGACAAUGAGAUUCCGCUUGCGAAGUUCGCUUCUUCCGCCAGCACCAGCAAACCCGAAGAGCUCAUGUUGAUAGAGGGAUUGAGAGGGUUGCCGACUUUCCCGGUGCAAAAUUCUUCGCAUCAGCCAGUUGAGGAGAAGAAGCAAGGACAUAGGACGAAGAGUAGUACCGAUUCGAGCUGGACGUCAAGCAGUGGAGAGAGUACCCUUGAUCCGGAAGCGUUUAUUUUCAAACCAAAGGGUUAUUGA